AUGUACUAUGUGAAUAUAAGAUGACUUCAUUGUGCUGUGUGCGAUAGGUUAAGUGUGUUUUCUUGUUUUGGAUGAUUGCAGAGAUUCCUUUUGGUUACUCGAGUGAUUCUAUAAGGGAUUCAGUUCGGUAUACGAAAACUUCGCCGUGACGCAGAAUGCAAAGGAAAGUUAAUCAAGCUCAUCUCGACCAAAGAUUCGACCAACCGCAUUAGAGUGCCUUCAUUAUACCAACACGACAUCCCAGGUCAUCGGCAUAGCAACAUCGACAACCAACAACCAACAAUCCCCUGGAAAUAACUGCAUUCUACGACUUCGUCCAAUUUAUAAACGACAUCGUUACUCAGUCUCUGGCACGCACCGGACGAUGCGCUAUUAGUUCAGAAUGUGCUGCGGAAUUGAAUGAGUUCUGAUUUCGACCACGACGUGUGCUCAGCGCCAAUUCAUUUAAUAAACUCGCAUAAAUAAUAAAGCCAAAGCAAGCACCCGUUUAAAGACAUUGUUGUUUGCUCUAAAAUUACAUUGCCCAAGAUAGGGUGACAUUGGAUGAGAAAGAAGAAACCAUAAAAGUAGAUGAAUCGAGAAUUUAAUUUUCGAGAGCGGUGAUUGUUGUAUGUGUGCCGUAGCAGACGACUACCCAGCAGUGCCUCAUGCCCUUAUUCUACCGUGUUUCUCCCGCCGCAGUGUCGCCGUCUGGACUGAUUGUAUUCUAGGGAUUCAUGAUUUGACGAAGAGGAGCAAAGCAAAGCCGACAUGUACGGGUUCAUCAAUAUUUGUGUCAAGGCUCUGGUUACAGAGAAAUUCGGAGAAGAAGCAUGGAUCAAAAUAAAGACACUGGCAGGAGUAGAUGACAGCUUUAUAUCUCACACAACCUAUACAGAUCAGAUCACCUUGAACCUAGUCAAAGCAGCUAGUGAGGUUGCAGGUCAACCGAUCCCAGUAAUCCUGGAGCUGUUCGGGGAGUUCUUCUUCACAUUCUGUCAGCGCUCCGGCUACGAUGAGAUGCUCAGGGUUCUUGGAGGGAAUCUCAAGAGCUUCCUGGAGAACCUGGAUGCCCUCCACUCAUACCUCAGCUUCUCCUAUAAGAAGAUGGAGGCGCCCUCUUUCCGCUGCGAGAGGAGAACCUCGGACGGAGCACUCAUCCUACAUUACUACUCUCAUAGGAAAGGAUUGCACCCCAUAGUAGUCGGUAUUGUUCGAGCUGUUGCAAGAGAGUUCUUUCAAAGUGAAAUCAGAAUGGAUGUACUAGAUGAAACACACGAGGAGGAGAGGAAUGGCAAAAAGGAACACGUGACCUUUGCCAUCUUUCAAAAGAAACUACAAGAAAGUAUCGAUACCACCUCGCCAAAAUCGGAUUCCGAUAAAACGCAGCAGAGCGAGUCAAAACACAACAAAGAGAACAUCACUACUGAUGAUAAUAUAUCGGUGACGUCAUCAGAAUGGGUGCCUUAUAAAUGGGAUGAAGACCAUAAUGUUCGACAAAGGCAGGCACUGAAACCGAACAAUGAACGCCCCGCUACCCUCAACGUCAAUUCCUUAGUCUCCCUCGCCAACGACUACGGCAGCUUCAGUCCAUCAUACCCCGAGAAGCUCUGGUUAGACCAGCGAAUGUUCUGCGAGUACUUCCCCUAUCACCUCGUCUUUGACUCCAACCUCAGACUUCUGCAAUCCGGCGUUCACAUACAGAGGGCGCUGCCCAAGCUGCGGACAAUGGAAGACACCACUGUGAACGCUCUCUUCAACAUGUUGCACCCGCAGAUUGACUGGAGUGUGCCCAGUAUACGCAAGUUCAUCAAUAUGCAGUUUGUCCUGGAGACGAAACGAGAGAUGAUAAUUCCCGGAUGGGGCGAAGAACAACCAAUGCUUCAACUAAGAGGUCAAAUGAUAUGGAUGGACUCCCUGGACGCCAUGUUGUUUGCUUGCUCACCUCGUGUUGCUAGUCUGAAGGAAUUAGAAGAAAGGAACCUUCAUUUAUCGGAUAUCCCUCUUCAUGAUAUCACCAGAGAUCUUAUCCUCUUCAAUCACCAAAGACUAGCAGAGAUUGAAAUCGGAAAGCAGCUUGAACAGAAGAAGGAAGAGCUUCGGGGUGCACUAGGAGAACUUGAAGCAGAGAAGAAGAAGACGGACAUGCUUCUUCAUUCCAUGCUUCCGAGACAGGUGGCAGAUCAGCUCAGGGAGGGCAAGAAGGUCGAGGCUGGCGAGUUUGAGAUGGUCACAAUUCUUUUCAGUGAUAUCGUGUCUUUCACCAAUAUUUGUGCUGAAUGCCGUCCAAUUGAUAUUGUCAACAUGCUCAAUGCUCUCUACACGAGAUUCGACAAACUCACUACAGUACACGAUGUCUAUAAGGUGGAGACGAUAGGCGAUGCUUACAUGGUAGUAGGAGGUCUGCCGAUCCCUAUGGCUUCACAUGCUGCUAGAAUAGCUAACCAAGCUCUAGGUAUGAUGUUCAUAUGCAAGGAGGUCAUGUCUCCGGUUACUCGAGAGCCUAUCGGGAUUCGUGUUGGUAUUCAUUCUGGUCCUGUUGUAUCUGGAGUGGUCGGGGAGAAGAUGCCUCGAUACUGUCUCUUUGGUGAUACAGUCAACACAGCUUCCAGGAUGGAGAGCCAUGGUCUUCCCAGUAGAAUCCAUCUCAGCUGCCAUACUCACAGAUGUCUUCAAGGUUACCCGUUCCGUUUCAGCGAGAGAGGAGAGAUCGUGGUGAAGGGUAAAGGAACCAUGCGAACCUAUUUCCUUGAAGAGAACGGAGGGGCUGGUUUGGAUGAGAUCAUGGGUAAGGGCCAGUCAAAGGCUAGUACACCAGAGAAGACGGAUAGAUGUAAGUCACCACCAGAGACACCAACCAAUAACAUGCCCAACGGGGUGUCCACCUUCCACCAUAAUAGUACAGUGGUCGUGCCUAUGUGGUAUCCCGAUAACGACAUGACAAGCGGAAGUGCUAUCCACAUUUCACCGCCAAUAUUCCCCAACGCUGGCAGUAAUGAUUCAGGUAGUACACAUACAUCAGCUGGAACCCCUUCCUGAUCCCAUGUCACCUUCAUCACGUGAUCUCUUAACCUGGUGCGCACGCGCAUGAUAAUACACGCGUCCAUAACACACACCCACAUUUUAUUACACCCUCUCCCGCGUUGGUGGAAAGAGUUAGGGACAAUGCUUAUAAUGUUAGAGUAUGGUAACAACUAUGACUUUUGAUGCUAUAUGUGAAAUAAUAACAUAUUUUUUGACAAAUUAUUCUCAAAUUAGAGAGAAUGUGAACUAACAUGCCACAGUAAUUAUCGUCAGCUCUUUUGUAAUUUCUAGGGUAGAAGGAGAAAAAAAUGUAUUCUCUAAGUAUUCAUAAUUUAUGUUUUUGAUUCAACAUUUAUGUUUCUGAUUCCUAUAAAUAAAUUGACGAUAUUUUUUUCAUUUUGAUGAGACAAAACAACCUACAAACACGGACCCUAUUUGAAAUAAGCCUUACAUAGAUGAAACUUACUUUGAUAUAAUUCACGAAGCCUGAGGAGGGAGAAAGAAUCUGUUAAAAUUAAAUGAUGAACAAAAAAAAAGCCCAAUAUAUUAAAACAAAUUGGUAGUUAUUUCAUAUUUAUCAUGCGCGCGCAUCAGUGGAGAACAUGUGACUCUUGCCCGUUCAUGUGACGUCUUCUUGCGGUAUCUUGACCUUGGACCUUUGACCCUGCAUGUAUAGACGUAUUACCAAUAUUUUUCUUGUGUAUGCAUGCUAGCUGGAUUGUGUCCAUACAUCAAAUUAUGUCUUGACUAUUUCAAUUGUUAAAUCGGUGUACAUGCUACGUGUAUAUUUAAAUAUUGGAACUAUAGAGGAGUCGUGAUACUGUGGUUCCUACACUUGACUCUCAAUACAAGGGUUAAGGGUUCGAAUCCCAACCGGGCACUAAUGUCCUAUCCACUCUCCACCCAUUUGAUAAUGGGUCCCUGGCAAUGAUGGGUUAAUAAUAGUUGCAGUGCCAGCACUGAUGCGGUUAUCCUUAGUAAAUA